GCAGCCUUAGUGACUAAAUACACGUCUAACUCAGACUCCAAGACAGAAUGUGACUUCUAGGUACCGACUGCUUUUCCUGAGCCCUAUUUGGUUUCUUUUAGGGAACUACAAAUCUAUUGGUGCUUGAAGCUUUUAGGCAGCACGAUGGAAAGAAGCCUGAAGAACAUCCUGGUGCUUUCUUUUGGAUUUCUACUUCUCUUUACUGCCUACGGAGGUCUGCAGAGUCUGCAGAGCAGCCUGUACAGCGAGGAGGGCCUGGGGGUGGCGGCGCUCAGCACGCUCUAUGGCGCGAUGCUCCUGUCCUCCCUGCUCCUGCCGCCCAUCCUCAUCGCGAAGCUCGGCUGCAAGUGGACCAUCGUCAUCUCCAUGUGCUGCUACGUGGCCUUCUCCCUGGGCAACUUCUACGCCAGCUGGUACACGCUGAUCCCCACUUCCGUCCUGCUGGGACUUGGAGCAGCCCCGCUGUGGUCCGCGCAGGGCACCUACCUCACCAUCAUGGGAAACACACACGCAGAGAAGACAGGAAAGGUCGGCAAAGACGUGGUCAGCCAGUAUUUUGGCAUCUUCUUCCUCAUAUUCCAGUCGUCUGGUGUGUGGGGCAACCUGAUCUCGUCUCUGGUGUUCGGCCAGACGCCCACUCAAGGGGCCAUCCCAGAGGAGCAGCUCGAGUCCUGCGGGGCCAGUGACUGCCUGGGGGCCACGGCGUCCACCAACAGCACAAACCGUCCCUCCCAGGAGCUGAUCUACACCCUGCUGGGCAUCUACACGGGCAGCGGCUUCCUGGCGGUCCUGCUCACCGCCGCGUUUCUGGAACCCAUAAAAGACGCUGAGCAGAAAAGUGAGGGAGAGAAGCAAGCGCCACCGUUCUGGUCCACUUUGCUGUCGACGGUCAAGCUGUUUAGAGACAAGCGCCUGUGUCUCCUGGUCCUGCUGCCGCUGUACUGCGGCUUCCAGCAGGCCUUCCUGGCCGGCGACUACACGCGGUCCUACACCACCUGCGCCCUGGGGAUCCAGUUCGUGGGCUACGUGAUGAUCUGCUUCUCAGCUGUCAACGCGCUGUGCUCUGUGCUGUACGGGAAGCUGGCCCAGUACACGGGCAGGAUCGCUCUCUUCGCGCUGGGUGCCGUGACCCAGCUGUCCUGCUUCAUCGCCCUCCUGCUGUGGAAGCCUCACCCCCGCCAGCUGCCUUUGUUCUUCGUGUUUCCCGGCCUCUGGGGCAUGGCCGACGCCGUCUGGCAGACACAGAACAAUGCUCUUUUCGGGGUCCUGUUUGAGAAGAACAAGGAGGCCGCCUUUGCCAGUUACCGCCUGUGGGAAGCCCUGGGCUACGUCAUCGCGUUCGGAUACAGCACGUUUCUGUGUGUCAGCGUCAAACUCUACGUCCUCCUGGGCGUCCUGAGUCUGGCCAUGGCGGCAUAUGGAACUGUCGAGUAUCUGGGGUCCAAGAAGGUGGCCAGGCUGCUCACCGAAGAGCAGACAAAACCAGCUGAGGAAGGAGUAACACAGACAAAAAUGUGA